CUUAGGUGAGAUAUACAUUCCAUUUAGCUUAUUAUAGUAUUAUUAAUGUUGCUUUGAAUGUCUAUAUUUUUACCACCUGAUCUGUGAUUUAUCCACGUAGAGACGAAGAAACCCUUUAACAUGCUGAAAUCAAUAAUUUUCCUCUUCGUCGUCGUAUCAAGUGAACUAUCAAGCGCUAAGCAAAUUGAUGUCAUUAAACUUCCAUUUGUGAUCAAUUCCAGAGGUGAAAUGAUUCUCACAGAUGUAACAGAGAAAUUUUCUCUUGAUGACAAAUUGAUGCUUACUCAUAAAGAUCAAUUUUGUUUAACCAAGCUUGAUUUCUCAAGACCAAAUGCAAAAGAGGCUGCUGAUAAAAAAGGUUUUCGAACAAUGACUGAAGAUUGUAAGGAAUUACCUGAACCUGCAAAGAAGGGUAAACAAGCACAGAAGGGAUCUAAAAAGGCAUAAUUGACGUUGAAUGACAAUAUCAGCCUGUGAUUUCACUGAUCUAUUUGUGUGUGGAAUUUCUAAUAAAUUAUUUUAUUUGAAUAUAUUGUUUAUAAUUUA